GCCGGGGCUCUCCCUCCCGUUCCAGUCGGGAACACAGAGAGCGAGAGACGCGCACCCCGAACGCAAAGGAGCACAGAGUCCGAGCACACAUCUCCAGCUCCUCACAUGGCUGUGUCCAGAGCCCGGACACCCCUGGGAUCCAGCGCACAUACGCGGACGAGCAUUUCACCCUCCCAGUCCUGCAGGUGCUUCUCUGGCUUCUUUCUUUUCUGAAGACGGCAAGUGCCCGUGACAAGGAGUUGGUCUCAGAGGCAGCUUGAAAUUCCUCAGCCCAGGGCAUCUCCCUCCAGCUUUGGGGGUGCCCCAGGGACCUGUCCUGUGUGUGUUCCCUCUGCUGAAGUCCCAGCAUUGCCUGCUCUGGGUAUCCUCUGCCCUCCGAUGCAGGGAGACUGUAAACGCUACUUUCCAGGUUGCUGCACUGGGGAGAGUUGUUCUCCCAAGACUUGUUCCUUGAACGCUCCGAGGGAGCAGAAACGCUCGGCUUUGCUCUGGCCAGAGUCGCAGCAGCUGUGGUGGCCACACCUGCUUCUGCCUGUGUUUGCCAGCAGCAGAACCUGCCUGACACCCAUCCCGAAGCUGUCGCUAUGUCAACGCUGGCUUCUCUGCAGGUGCUGCUCAACUCCCUGAACUCCACUGCCCCCAGCAACAGGACCGACAAGAUGGCCAACAGGAGCAGCCCCUGGUGCCAGGGCGUCUUCAUCCCCAACGAGCUCUUCCUGACGCUGGGCCUCGUCAGCCUGGUGGAGAACGUACUGGUGGUCACGGCCAUCAUUAAGAACAGGAAUCUGCACUCACCCAUGUACUACUUCAUCUGCUGCCUGGCUGUGUCCGACAUGCUGGUGAGCGUCAGCAACCUGGUGGAGACCUUGUUCAUGCUGCUGUUGGAGCACGGCGUGCUGGUCCUCCAGACCAGCAUCGUCCGCCAGAUGGACAACGUCAUCGACAUGAUGAUCUGCAGCUCCAUGGUGUCAUCCCUCUCCUUCCUGGGGGCCAUCGCCGUGGACCGGUACAUCACCAUCUUCUAUGCCCUGCGCUACCACAGCAUCAUGACCAUGCAGCGGGCGGUGAUCAUCAUUGUGGGCAUCUGGGUCGCCAGCACCAUCUCCAGUAGCAUUUUCAUCGCCUACUACAAGAACAACGCCGUCAUCCUCUGCCUCAUCGGCUUCUUCCUUUCCAUGCUUAUCCUCGUGGUGGGGCUCUACAUCCACAUGCUCUCCUUGGCACACCACCAUGCCAAGAACAUCUCCAGACUGCAGAAGAAACGCACCGUCCCCCAGAUGACCAGCAUGAAGGGGGCGGUCACCCUCACCAUCCUGCUGGGGGUCUUCUUCAUGUGCUGGAGCCCCUUCUUCCUGCACCUGACGCUGAUCGUCACAUGCCCCAAGAACCCCUUCUGCACCUGCUUCUUCAACUACUUCAACCUCUUCCUCAUCCUCAUCAUCUGCAACUCGGUGAUAGACCCGCUCAUUUAUGCUUUCCGGAGCCAGGAGCUGAGGAAAACCCUGAAGGACAUGGUGCUGUGUUCCUGGUAACUCAGGCAUGGACGAGGGGCUGAGGAGGCCUGUUGUAGCCGGGGUUCCUGCUCUCAGAGGUAACUGCAUGGCCAUCUUGCAGCCCACAGCACAGUGCCUCCUAGUGUGCUUGGGAGGCAGAGACGCCAUUUGCAAGGGGCACCGGUCAGUUCCCAUCAGAUGUCGGUGGCGGAAAACCAAGCAGGGUUUUGUUUGUUUUGGGGGUUGGAGACAGUUUAGCUGCUGAACGGCACCUAGCGCCUGCCUGAGGGGAUGCCAGUGCCUGCAUCAGCCCAACCCCUCCCACCCUGGGGCAGGUGCAGAACAUGGUAGG